AUGAUGUGCGAAGUGAUGCCCACCAUCAGCGAGGGGGACCCUCUGGGUCCCCCCCAGGGCUCUGAGGCGGAUGCUGACUUCGAGCAGCUGAUGGUGAACAUGCUGGACGAGAGGGACAAGCUGCUGGACACCCUGCGGGAGACGCGCGAGACGCUGUCGGUCACCCAGAGCCGCCUGCAGGAGACCCUGCGGGAACGUGACCAGCUCCAGAGGCAGCUCAACUCUGCACUCCCACAGGAGUUUGCCACGCUGACGCGGGAGCUCAGCGCCUGCCGGGAGCAGCUCCUGGAGAGGGAAGAGGAGAUCUCAGAGCUGAAAGCCGAACGCAAUAACACCCGGCUCCUGCUGGAGCACCUGGAGUGCCUGGUGUCGAGGCAUGAACGGUCCCUGAGGAUGACCGUGGUCAAGCGUCAGGCCCAGUCGCCAUCCGGGGUUUCCAGUGAAGUCGAGGUGCUCAAGGCACUCAAGUCACUCUUUGAGCAUCACAAGGCACUGGAUGAAAAGGUCAGGGAACGCUUGCGAGCGGCCUUAGAGCGAGUGGCAACCUUGGAGGAGCAGCUCGUGGAUGCCCAUCGGCAGGUGGCAGUUCUGCAGCAAGGCGCCGCACGGGAGGCCCCGGCGGGCGAGCGGGAUGAGAGGGAGCCCAAGGAGCCAGCACAGAAGCUUCCCUGGAAGCGGCUCUCCAACGGCUCCGUGCACCCGGAGGAUGAGGCAGGGCGGGUGGUGGAGCUGCAGGAGCUCCUGGAGAAGCAGAAUUUCGAGGUGGUCCAAGCCAAGGAGCGCAUCUCUGCGCUGGCUGCCAGCGUCGCCGAGCUGGAGGAGGAUCUGGGCACCGCCAGGAAGGAUCUGAUCAAAUCAGAGGAGAUGAGCAGCAAAUACCAGAGGGACCUCCGAGAGGCCCUGGCUCAGAAAGAGGACAUGGAGGAGAGAAUCACCACGCUGGAGAAACGCUACCUGGCAGCCCAGCGAGAGGCCACCUCCAUCCACGACCUCAAUGACAAGCUGGAAAGCGAGUUGGCCAACAAAGAGUCCCUGCACCGACAGUGUGAGGAGAAGGCUCGGCACCUGCAGGAGCUGCUGGAGCUGGCAGAGCAGAAGCUGCAGCAAACGAUGCGGAAAGCGGAGACGCUGCCUGAGGUGGAAGCAGAGCUGGCCCAGCGCAUUGCUGCACUCACCAAGGCAAAAGAGAGGCACGGCAGCAUCGAGGAGCACCUGCGGCAGCUGGAGAGCCAGCUAGAGGAGAAGAACCAGGAGCUGGCCAGGGCUCGCCAGCGGGAGAAGAUGAACGAGGAGCACAACAAGCGGCUCUCGGACACCGUGGACCGUCUGCUGAGCGAGUCCAACGAGCGGCUGCAGCUGCACCUCAAGGAGAGGAUGGCAGCCUUGGAGGAGAAGAACACAUUGUUACAAGAGCUGGAAAAUACCCAAAAGCAGAUAGAGGAACACCAGCAUGACAAGCGACGGUUGUCUGACGAGAUCGACAAGCUGAGGCUCGAGGUCGAUCAGCUCAAGACCCGAAGUGGAACGUUUGUGGAGAGUGUCCACACAAGGUCCCACAUGGGCAGUGCCACAGACCUGCGCUUCCCGCUGGUCCAUGGCCCCAGCGAGCCCUUCGGAGCGGCCCCGGGGCUGCCUCGGGCACAGAAGGGCCGAUUCGCCGCCCGACGAGACGAGGCAGCCAAGGACUGGGAGCAGGCCCAGGCAGGCAGCGUCCUGGCCGCAGGGCCCCACGCCUUCGACAGCGACCCUGAGAUCUCUGACGUGGAUGAGGAUGACCGAGAGACACUCUUCAGCUCCAUGGAUGUGCUGUCUCCUGGUGGGCACUCAGAUGCCCAGACACUGGCCAUGAUGCUCCAGGAGCAGCUGGAUGCCAUCAACGAGGAGAUCAGGAUGAUCCAAGAGGAGAAGGAGUCCACGGAGCUCCGUGCAGAGGAGCUGGAGACGCGCGUCACGAGCGGCAGCAUGGAGGGCCUCAACCUCACCCAGCUCUGCAAACGGGCUUCAAUCCCCACCUCGCUCACAGCCCUGUCCCUGGCCAGCUCGUCCCCGCCGCUCAGCGGCCGCUCCACGCCCAAGCUCUCGUCCCGCAGCGCUGCCCAGGACCUGGACCGCAUGGGGAUCAUGACGUUGCCCAGCGACUUGAGGAAGCACCGGAGGAAACUGCUAUCACCUGCAGCUCGGGACGAGAGCCGGGAGGACAAAACCACCAUCAAAUGCGAGACGUCCCCGCCAUCCUCCCCCAGGACGCUGCGACUGGAGAAGCUGGGCCACCCUGCACUGAGCCAGGAGGAUGGCAAGAGCUCGCUGGAGGAGCAGGCCAGCAACCCCAGCAACAGCAGCCAAGACUCCCUGCACAAGGGCUCCAAGAGGAAGGGGAUCAAAUCCUCCAUCGGGCGCUUGUUCGGGAAGAAAGAGAAGGGUCGCUUGAUUCAGCUGAGCAGAGAAGGGGCCACAGGGCAGGUGAUGCUGACUGACGUGGAGGUGGGCAUCCAGGACCCUCUGGGACUCGGCAAGCUGGGUGCUCAGGCUGAGAAGGAUCGGCGCCUGCGGAAGAAACACGAACUCCUGGAAGAGGCUCGGAGGAAAGGAUUGCCCUUUGCUCACUGGGAUGGCCCCACUGUUGUGUCCUGGCUGGAGCUCUGGGUGGGGAUGCCAGCCUGGUACGUGGCCGCGUGCAGAGCCAACGUGAAGAGCGGAGCCAUCAUGUCAGCGCUGUCUGACACGGAGAUCCAGAGGGAGAUCGGCAUCAGCAACGCCCUGCACCGCCUCAAGCUGCGCCUGGCCAUCCAGGAGAUGGUGUCCCUCACCAGCCCCUCCGCACCACCCACCUCACGGACGUCCUCUGGAAACGUCUGGGUCACCCACGAGGAGAUGGAGAACAUGGCAACUUCCACCAAGACGACACUGGCCUAUGGGGACAUGAACCAUGAGUGGAUUGGGAACGAGUGGCUGCCCAGCUUGGGUCUCCCACAGUACCGCAGCUACUUCAUGGAGUGUCUUGUUGAUGCUCGGAUGCUGGACCACCUCACCAAGAAAGAUCUCAGAGUGCACUUGAAGAUGGUGGACAGCUUCCACCGCACCAGCCUGCAGUACGGCAUCAUGUGCCUGAAGAGGCUCAACUACGACCGCAAAGAGCUCGAGAGGAGGCGAGAAGAGACCCAGCACGAAAUCAAAGAUGUGUUGGUGUGGACCAACGACCAGGUCAUCCACUGGAUCCAGUCCAUCGGGCUGCGUGAGUACGCCAACAACCUGGCCGAGAGUGGGGUGCACGGGGCUCUCCUGGCCCUCGAUGAAAACUUUGACCACAACAGUCUGGCACUGGUGUUGCAGAUCCCCACACAGAACACACAGGCUCGACAAGUGCUGGAGAGGGAGUUUAACAACCUGCUCGCCUUGGGCACGGAUCGGAGGCUGGACGAUGGUGACGACAAGACCUUCCGUCGGACGCCGUCGUGGCGCAAGCGCUUCCGCCCGCGCGACGUGCACAGCGUGAACAUGCUGAGCGGCUCGGCCGAGACGCUGCCCGCCGGCUUCCGCGUCACCAGCCUCGUGCCCCUGCCGCCCCCAGCCGCCCCUGCCAAGAAGAUGCCCCCGGAAGUUGGUGCCUCUGGGUCACCCAGGCUGGAGACCUCCACGGUCCGGACGUACUCCUGCUGAGGGGCAGCGUGGGGGGAACAGCCCGGCCCUGGCACAUCCCUGCUCUCCAUAUGGCCACGUGCUGGCUGCCUUUCAGGACCAGAGCCCAGCCUGCACUUGCUCCUCGGCCCAAACCGACAGACGCUGCAGUCUCGCUGCUGUGGACCAAAACAAAGGAUGCUCUCCCUUCUGCUUGUGCACCCCACCUCUUCCCCUGGCUCCCUGUGGCUUGUCUCCCACCUCUCCCCAUGCUGGCUGGGCUACAGAGGCACUGGCUGGGUGGCCACUCUGGUUGGCAGAAGCGUGGUGCAGAGCAGCAGAGACACCCCAAAAGUGGGCUGUGAUACUUGGAAACCUUCCUCCUGCCUGGUUCGUGUUGCCAAUGCACCAUGGGCUGCUGCACUGACUCUCCCAGGCCCUGGGCAACAGGGAUGCUGCUGCCCUCAGGACUUGAAGCCAUGGAAGAUUCAGGCUCCUGAAAACCCC